GCUUGUUGUUUGCGCUUGCGCUGUAGCUCGGACCUUUGUUAUUCCAUGUCACUAUGGCGCUUAGCAAAACGUUUGGGCAAAAACCGGUGAAAUUUCAGCUCGAAGAGGAUGGAGAAUUUUACAUGAUCGGUUCUGAGGUGGGGAACUACCUGCGCAUGUUCAGAGGCUCCCUAUAUAAGCGAUACCCGUCGUUAUGGAGAAAACUGGCAACAGUGGAAGAACGGAAGAAAAUUGUAGAGUCUUCACACGAUCACGGCUACACUCAGCUGGCCACCAGCGUUACGCUCCUGAAGGCCUCGGAGGUCGAGGAGAUCCUCGAAGGGAACGAUGAAAAAUACAAAGCUGUGUCUAUCAGCACUGAGCCGCCCACCUACCUCAGGGAACAGAAGGCAAAGAGGAACAACCAGUGGGUUCCCACGUUGCCCAACAGUUCCCACCACCUGGACGCCGUUCCCUGCUCCACCACCAUCAACCGCAGCCGGCUGGGCCGGGACAAGAAGAGGACCUUCCCCCUGUGCUUCGACGACCACGACCCGGCAGUGAUCCAUGAAAACGCCACACAGCCUGAGGUUCUUGUUCCGAUCCGUCUCGACAUGGAGAUCGAGGGUCAGAAACUGAGAGACGCUUUCACCUGGAACAUGAACGAAAAGCUCAUGACACCUGAGAUGUUUGCGGAGAUCUUGUGUGACGACCUGGAUCUGAACCCCCUGGCCUUCGUCCCCGCCAUCGCCUCAGCCAUCCGGCAGCAGAUCGAGUCGUACCCGACAGACAGCCUCCUGGAGGACCAGACGGACCAAAGGGUGAUCAUCAAGCUGAACAUCCACGUGGGGAACAUUUCGCUGGUGGACCAGUUUGAGUGGGACAUGUCGGAGAGAGAAAACUCUCCGGAGAAGUUUGCCCUGAAGCUCUGCUCGGAGCUCGGCCUGGGCGGAGAGUUCGUCACCACCAUCGCCUACAGCAUCCGAGGUCAGCUGAGCUGGCACCAGAGGACAUACGCCUUCAGUGAGAACCCGCUUCCUACGGUGGAGAUCGCCAUCAGAAACACGGGCGAGGCAGACCAGUGGUGCCCCCUGCUGGAGACCCUGACAGACGCAGAGAUGGAGAAGAAGAUCAGAGACCAGGACAGAAACACGAGACGAAUGAGGCGUCUGGCGAACACGUGGUAGAUGUGAAUGCAGCAGCAGCGCCCCCUGCAGAAACGUUGAGGCAGGACCAGUUGAAGGGCAGCAGAGGUUUUUCCUCGUCUCUGGAGCUGCUCGGCCCGACUCUCGCCGUUUUAUUUUUAAUUUGAAUCUGUUUGUUGAAGGCCCGUUAGAGGAAAAAAAAUUAAAAAACGACCUAGAAACCUUCAUGUUUUCCCCGCGCCGAACCCUUCUUCCUGGAGAAGCUGCUCUUCUUGACCUUUGACCUUCUACCUGACCAGCA